UGCCGUUUCUUUUUGCCAUUGCGUACUUCUCCCAUCUCUCUCUCUCUCUCAACUCUGUUCCUCCCCUCUGAGCCCACUCCCCUCCUUUCUCCCCUGUUCUUGUCUUGGCUUCUCCAUCAGUAGUCUGAGGAGCGGCGAAGAACAAAGGAACCAUGUGUGGCGGCGCCAUCAUCUCCGACCUCCUCCCUCCACGGAGCCAACAGCACCACCUCGCCGCUGCCGCCGACCUCUGGCCUUCUCCCUGCGCCGAUUCAACCCAAAAAGAGACGAAGAAGAGGGAAAGGAAGAACCUUUACCGCGGGAUCCGCCGGCGGCCGUGGGGGAAGUGGGCGGCGGAGAUCCGUGAUCCGGCGAAGGGGGUCCGGGUCUGGCUGGGGACCUUCAGCACCGCCGAGGAGGCCGCCCGGGCCUACGACCGGGCGGCCCGCCGGAUCCGCGGCAGCAAGGCCAAGGUCAACUUCCCCAACGAGGACCCGCCGCCGCCGCCCGCGAAGGCGGCACGCCAGCGCUACCGCCCUCACUGCGUCGGCGGGGAGGCUUGUUCCUCCGCCAUGGUAGCGGUAGGCGGCGGUUUGGAGACCGGGAGGCUGAGGGAGGAGGCGAUGGCUUCCGGAUCGUGGGCUGAUCCCUUUGAGAUGCCGUUCAUCGAGGGGAGCGCGGCGGCGGCGGCGGCGCAGUCCGGUGCUAACGCCGGGGUUCAGAUGGGCGGCCCUUCUUCCAAUGAAGAGCUAUUCUGGAAUUUUGAGGACCUUCUUUUCUAAGCUCAAGCGCUCUCUCUCUCUCUCUCUCUCUCUCUCUGAUGCUUGUAAUUUGAAAUUUUCCUCUUUUCUUCUUAUUAAGGUUUAUUUAGGUCUGGUAAUAUAAGUACUUAAGUAGUGGCGCAGGUAAAGUACCAGCUAUAGUGUAGUUCUUUUCAUUUUGCUUCCUGCCCUGUUGCUGUAAUCUCUCAACAUUUGCUUAUGAGAUGUGGACUUAUGUGUUUGUGAUUUUAUUAGAAUAAAUUUAUGGACUCCAUAAGUUGGUGAUGCAUUCA